AUGGCCUCCGGUCCCGAUACCCCAGGUACCGUUCAGAGUCCCGCUGGCUUCGGCCCUGGCCCGGACGAUGAUUCGGCUUCCCUCAAACGUGACGCGGACGCGGUGAACCCAGGUUCACCCGCUGGUGGUGAUGACAGCGCAAAGAGGAGGAAGAAGGCUGGCCCUGGGAGUAGAGGUGUCGCCAAUUUGACACCUGAGCAACUUGCUAAGAAGAGAGCGAAUGACCGUGAAGCUCAGCGGGCCAUUCGUGAGCGUACCAAAAAUCAGAUCGAGGACCUUCAGCGCCAGAUCCAAGAACUCACCAACCAGCAACCCUAUCAAGAACUGCAGAGUGUUCUUCGUGCCAAAGAAGCUGUUGAGCAAGAGAAUGCCGACAUCAAACGUCGUUUAGCUGGCAUAGUUGCCAUGCUCCAGCCCAUUAUUGGUCAAGGCAAGCAUCUCCUUUCUGUCUCCCUGUCUUCAGGAUUAACACAGCAUAUAGCUGGCAUUGAGCAAGCAUACGUAUCACCAGCUCAGACGUAUGCACCCCCCGUACAGCAUCCUGUUACUUUGGCCGUCCACAACAAUCACCACAACAAUGCGAACGCUGCUUCAACACCCGGCAGUGUUGCGUCUCCUCCAAGUCAUGAUCCUGCACCAAGUCAAGGUCACUGGCAUCAUCAGGGCCACCAUGCGCCUCCUCAACAUCACCACUCUCCUCACCCGCCCGCUGGGCCACCAACUACUGCUGAAGCACAGGCUGCCAGCCAAUUGACUCAGCAGCGCCGAAAUCUCCAACAUGGACUCGAUAUGGGCCCUGAACGUCUUGGACUAGAAUUCCUACUUGAACCAUCUCAGCGGGUGAACCGGAUACAGAACGGUGUCAACGGCGCCCAAGACACGCCACAGUUCCGCCAUAUGCCUAUGAAGCAUGACUGGACAGGCGUCAAUCAAGAGCGUGCGUUGCAUAGUCGGUCGGCAAGCUGGGGCUCUCAAGGGAAGCCAGGUCAGACUUCACAGGAGCAACAGCAGGGCCAGCAUCAGCCCCCAUCGCACCACGCAUUGUCGGCUGCUCAUACACCCGAAAGCUCACACAGUCCUGGCUAUAGCCCUGCCAUGAGUGCAGCUGGUGGACCCAUUCCGCGCAGUGAACCCAGCACUACCGAUCCUGCGACCCUUAUCAAGAAUUGCCCACCGACCUGUCCCCUUGACUCUUUACUACUCGACUUCCUCAGCGAACGUCGUCAACGUGCUGCUGAUGGACUGCCUGCUCAGGAUGUUGUUGGCCCACGUUAUCCCUCCGUCUCAUCACUUCUCAAUCCUGCCAACAGUGCAUACAGUCACCCUCUCUCCAAGGUGUUCACCGAUAUCCUCGCUACUUUCCCCGACAUUUCGACUCUUCCUGAGCGUGUAGCCGUGCUUUACAUCAUGUUUCUUGUCAUGCGCUGGCAAAUAGAACCUACUCAGGAGAACUACGACCGGCUCCCCAAAUGGAUGGCGCCAUGUCCUUCCCAGCUCACCAUCCCACAUGCUGCCUGGCUUGACCACAUUCCCUUCCCUAAGAUGCGAGAUUAUCUUGUUCGCGAUCACAACCCGCUCCUUCACCCCUUUGAUAAUUUCUUUGUACCAUUUACCACAACUCUCUCGUUGUCUUGGCCAUACGAGGAGACCGACACGUUACUUCAGGAUCCAGACAGUGAUGAGCUCAUGAUCAAUCCUGUCUUUGAGCGCCAUCUACGGAACCUGGAUAAUUGGAAGUUGGGUGAUGCUUUUGCCAAGGCCUUUCCUAAGCUAGUUGGAACAUUCAACCUCAGCCAAUCUACUUCACCACGACCAACUUCGUCCAGCAGCCGAUGA